AUGCCUAGCAGGUGGCAUAGGAAGAUGCCCAGCAGGUGGCAUGAGAGGGUACACACUAGGUGGCAUGGAAGAUGCCUAGCAGGUAGCAUGGGAGGAUGCCUGGCAGGUGGCAUGGGAGGAUGUAUAGCAGGUGGCAUGGGAGAAUACCUAGCAAGUGACAUGGGAGGAUGCCUAGCAGGUGGCAUGGGAGGAUGCCUAGCAGGUGGCAUGGGAGGAUGCCUAGCAGGUUGCAUUGGAGGAUACCUAGGAGGUGGCAUGGGAGGAUACCUAGGAGGUGGCAUGGGAGGAUGCCUAGCAGAUGGCAUGGGAGAAUACCUAGCAAGUGGCAUGGGAGGAUGCCUAGCAGGUGGCAUGGGAGAAUGCCUAGCAAGUGGCAUGGGAGGAUGCCUAGCAGGUGGGAUGGGAGAAUACCUAGCAAGUGACAUGGGAGGAUGCCUAGCAGGUGGCAUGGGAGGAUGCCUAGCAGGUGGCAUGGGAGUAUGCCUAGCAGGUGGCAUUGGAGGAUGCCUAGCAGGUGGCAUGGGAGGAUACCUAGGAGGUGGCAUGGGAGGAUACCUAACAAGUGGCAUGGGAGGAUGCCUAGCAGGUGGCAUGGGAGGAUGCCUAGCAGGUGACAUGGGAGGAUGCCUAGGUGACAUGGGAGGAUACCUAGCAGGUGGCAUGAGAGGAUACUAA